GAGGAUGGUCCACGGCUGCGGGUCUCCGCGCUGAGGAGAGCGGGGUCCGGCUCCGCGCCCCGGCUCCCACUCCGCCAACUAGUUGUGCAGCCACUGGCACUGAACUUUGGAGGAACCGGCUCUUUUCUCUCCUUUUAAGAUUAUUGGAAGUGGUAGAGGGUGGGCGGCGAAGCCGAGGAGCCGACCGCCACGAUGCUGGUGAAGAAGCAUGCAGGGAAAGGAGGGGGCCGGGAGCUGGGCACCGAGGACCCGAGCCCCGCCGGGCAGCGCUGUGCCCGGACCGUGCCCGUGUGCACGGCCGUGGCGGCCCUCCUGUCAGUGGUGGCCGUGAUGUCUUGUCUGUACCUGGGGGUGAAAACCAACGACCUCCAGGCGAGGAUCGCCGCUCUGGAAUCAGCCAAAGGGGACCCUUCCAUCCGUCUGCUGCCUGAUUGCCUGGAUCAGCUCAAAGCAGUGGUGCAAGAGAAAGUGGAGCGACUUCUGGCCCAGAAAUCCUAUGAACAUAUGGCUAAAAUAAGAAUCGCAAGAGAAGCACCUUCCGAGUGCAACUGCCCAGCAGGAAUUGUGAAGUUCCGGUUUGUGUCUCCAGGACUCCAGAAUCCAGCCGGCAUGUUUUAG